CAAAAUCUUGCCUCUCAUCUCAAACCGCCCCGAUUACAACCACAAACAGAAAUCACCUGCCAAGUUUCAAAGGCUCACAAUUGGCAACAUGGAGUCAAGGAAACGCAAGCUUCCUCAGGCCGGGCUGCAAAGGCGAGUCCGGGCAAGAGCUGAGCCGGAACCUGACCUGGACGGUGGCGUUGAGACGAGCGACAGUGCACCAAGCGAAGAAGAAGUCGAAGGAAACGAUUUGGAGUCUGCAUCUGGGUCGGAUAGCGAGGGGUCCGAAGGCCCUGACGACAACGGCUCAUCGGGGGAGGAUGAGGAUGAGGAGCAAGGCGCUGCUGUGGACGCCUCGAAAAUUUCAUUUGGGACCCUGGCCAAAGUGCAAGCCAAGCUUGGCCAGUCAGGCCGCCGGAAGAAGAAAGGUGAAAAGCCCGGCAAUGACGAAGCAGCAGCAGCAGCAGCAGAGGAAGAAGACGGUCCCAGGCCGAGGGAGCAGGGCCCAAAGAAGGAGAAGCCGCCCUCCCGCAGCAGCAAGCACGCGCCGCAGGAGGUGUCGUCCAAGCGGCCCGUCUCCCGCAAGCGCGAGAUCAUCCCCGUGAAGAAGGUCCAGUACCGGGACCCGCGCUUCGACCCGGCGGUGACGGGGCGCUCGGUCAAGACCAAGGCGGACGAGGACCACGUGCGCAGGGCGUACGCCUUCCUGGACGAGUACCGCGAGGACGAGCUGCGCAAGCUCAAGGGGGCGAUCAAGAAGGCCAAGACGCCCGCCGAGAAGGAGCAGCUGCAGCGCGCCUACAUGUCGAUGGAGAGCAGGAAGAAGGCCAGGGAGAGGAAGGACAAGGAGAGGGCGGUCGUGGAGGAGCACCGCCGCCGCGAGAAGGAGCUCGUCAGGGAGGGCGUCAAGUCGAGGCCCUUCUACCUCAAGAAGUCGGAGCAGAAGAAGCAGCUGCUGACGGAGCAGUUCUCCUCCCUGUCCGAGAAGCAGAGGGAGAAGGCGAUCGAGAAGAAGAGGAAGAAGAUUGCGGGCAAGGAGAAAAAGGCAAUGCCUAUGGAGAGGAGGGCGCGAGAGUAGGCGCCGAGCUUCAGGUUUGCGAGGCACUGAUACCCUUUGGCAACAUAGCAUCCCUGUCCUGUUGCUUUCAUUAUUCUUUCGUAGGAAGCAGUUCGCAUGGUCAAGAUUGGCUGAUGAGCGGGAAUUUCUUAUUACCGUAGUCUAUACUAGCCACCCUAUUUUCAGAGACAGGACAAGAGGGCCUUAUCGCUUCAAUUUUGUUGAUGUGGAGCAAGCUUUUUCUUUUUCACACCUGCUUCUCUUGCAAACCCGAUUUAGCCAGGCUCUGCUCGAACAUCUCCCUGCACCGUACCCUACUGCCCAGCCUGGCGCAGAGCAAGAACGCUCCGCUCAGCUUCCGGUGCAGGCUGUACGUCUCCUCCGGCGGCGGCGCCAGCCUCUCCCUGACCAUGACGGGUAUCUGCUCCUUGACCCUCUCCGUGAUCGUCUGGUCCCUGAAGUCGUAGACCUCGGGCGCGGACUCGAGGAACGGCUCGGCCAGCGUCAGCACCGAGGCGAUGUGCGCGUCCAGCAUCGUCCUGCUCUCGUGGCCGGUCAGGUACCCCAGCUGCUCGCUCAGGGCGCGCACGCCCUCGCGGUCCGUCCGCGACGCGGCCGCGAGGAGCCGCACGUACUGCGCGAUGAACCUGUCCGGGUACUCCCUCGACGCGCCAAAGUCGAGCAGGACGAGCCUGUCCCGCCCGGCGUCGUAGAGGAAGUUGGUCCAGUUCGGGUCCGUCUGCAUGAAGCGGAACUCGGUGAUCUCCCGCAGGCACAGGCGCAGGAUCUGCGUGCCGAUCCAGUCCCUCUGCUCCUGCGUAAAGGACUUGACCCUGGUCACGCCCACGCCCUCCAUGAACUCCAUGGUCAGGACCUGUCUCCCGCUGGCCUCGUGGUAGAUCUUGGGGACGGAGAAGACGUCGUCCUCGGUGGCCAGCAGGCUUCUGUAUCUCUCUGCGCACUUGGCCUCUCUCUCGUAGUCGCACUCCCAGCCGAGCUCUGUCCGCGCGUUGUCGAUGGUCUUGUUGAGGUAGAGGCCCUUGGGCAGCAACUUCGUAGCUGCUAGUAGGAUUCCCAGGUUGUCGAGGUCUGAGUUGAUGGACUCGGCGACUCCUGGGAACUGGAUCUUGACGGCGACUUUGGCACCAUUCUUCAGUGUCGCACGGUGGACCUGUCCGAUAGAUGCGGCUGCAAUGGGCUUCUCCUCGAAUUCGUCGAACAGGUCACGCCACUCGGAGCCAAGGUUCGACACCAAAACUCGGUCCCUUUGCCACGACGGCAUGUAGUCUGCUCUGUCCUGCACCCUCUGCAGAACCUCCUGGAUGGGGGCUGGCAGCAUCUUCGAGUCCUGAAAACUCAUCAUCUGGCCCAGCUUGAGAGCUGCGCCCCUCAUCUUCGACAGCUUAGAGACCAACCUUUCCAUGUUCGCCGGGCUCAACAUCAGGGAACCUUGCCCGCCGCCUCCGGUGACCCUGCUGAAGCUCUCGCUGACAGCUCCGGCGAACAUGCCAGCGGCCAGCCCGCUGUAGUUCCAGAUACGUCCGAACCGAGACGAGGGAACCUUGGAUUCCCUGAGUUCGUAUUUUGACUCGGUUGUGGCGGUACCGAGCAGCUCUCCCAUGGCUGAAGCGUCCUCUUUAGUCACCCGCUGGCUGGACUGAUUAAUGCCCUGCUCCUGAAGAGUUGACGAUUCGGCGCCUGGGACACUCGUUUGAGGCGCAUGUUGACUUUCUGAUACCGCCGCCGCAGCGUUCGCCUCGACCUUGGGCUCUUGCGUCUCAACGGUGUCCACUGGCAGGACGACCUCAGCAGGCUGGGUUGGCGUUGCCGAGGCCUCCGGUUGUGACUCUCCCGCUUCUUGCGACGAGGUCGUUUCGGCCUCAUUCUUUCGGUUCCUCAAUUCUUGGAGAAUGGCUGACCCCUGGUUGCCAGACCUGUGUCCGAAAUCCACAGCACCAGGUAUAGGCUGCCUGGGCCGCUCAUCUCUCUUGGUGCCUUUCCAGAGAGGAUCGAGCCUUUUCCCGCGGCUGGUUCGGAACAGUCCAUCAAAAUUCACGCCCUCGGGUAGCUUGGGUUCUUCGGCCUGUGCAGAUGGGUUCUUUCCCAGCCCUUGCUGAGUAUCCUCCGAAGCAAUCCCAUCGACUUUUAGGGUUUUCACAGGUGACUGCACCGGCGGUGUGUUAGAUCCUGAAGAGUCGGCCUGGGCUUGCUGCGCUUCUGGACGUCCGGAGUACUGGCUCCCGGGAAACAAUGUAGUGAGUGGAUCUUGCUGUGUCGUUGUCGAGUCUGACACAUCACCCGAUAGUAUGCUGUUAUUUGACGAGUUCUCGACCGGCAUUCCUCUGUCGUCGUCCGCAUCCAAGGGCUGAGUAGUCUCUUUGGAAACCUCUGACACUGGGGUUGAGGUCUGGUUUCCACCAGUGCUUGAAGGAGUGACCCUAGACCCAUCGUGAGGCCGUAUCCGCUGCUGGCCCCUCACGGCGGCGACUAUGCUUGAAGUCUUCCCAUAGCGAUCGACCUGGCGAGCCCUGAGGGCGAUGUGCUUGGAUGCGACUGAGCGGGACGCAUUCAGCACCGCUGCCAGGUCGAUUGCGAAGUCCACGAACCCCAUCUGAGCCACAGAGGUACCUAGAUUGACGGGAUCACUGCCAUAGUCGCCACUGUCAAAACAGUUUGACCCCAAAAUCCUGGGGGAGUCGUCGCGAAGUGAGUGCCUAAGGUUCGGCGCUGAAAU